CAGAUUUCGAGUCGGGAGAAUAGUAUAUAAACACGGUGCACAGGUUUACUGAGCACUGAAGUUUGCUCGACUCAUUCCCUCAGAUUGUUCCCUAGCCUUUAGGAGAAUCCAGCUAAAAUGGCCUUCGUCGGUUUUCUUAAGAAUGAAGAUAUUACUGCAGCACUGCAGGCAUGCCAAGCCGCUGACUCCUUCAACUACAAGGUCUUCUUUGCCAACGUCGGCCUGAGCGGCAAGUCUGCUGAUGACGUGAAGAAAGCCUUCGAAAUCCUGGAUCAGGACCGGAGCGGUUUCAUUGAGGAGGAUGAACUGAAGCUGUUUCUGCAGAACUUCGCCGCUGGAGCCAGAGUUCUUACUGACGCUGAGACCAAGGCCUUCCUGAACGCUGGUGACUCCGACGGUGACGGCAAAAUCGGAGUUGAUGAGUUCGCUUCCCUCGUUAAGGCAUAAAUACCAAUCGACCAAACCCAACACCUCCUGCCAUCAAGGAACAACAUUUUUCAAAAACUGCUUCUCUCAUCCGAAUUAUAAAUAAUUUUUAUACAUUUGCUUUAUAAAAUGCCUGCCGACUGCGUCUCCCUUUGCAGCACAAUGUGCAAUUGUAAAUCUUGCUGAGUUGUGUUUCAUGUCUUAAUUAUGCAUUUUGCUAAUUUGUAAAAUCAUUUGAUGCACUUUUCAGAAAGAACGAUAAUAAAUAAAUAAAUAUUCUUUUGGAAAAGAAAA